AUGUCGCAUUCUGACUGCGAGGGCGCGCCUAUUCCUGGUCCUUAUGGGGAAAUUUACCAAGUCAAUGCGCUGGGUGAAACCAUCGUCGUUGUCAACUCUCCAGCUCUGGUUGCCGAGGUCUGUGAUGAGAGCAGAUUUCAAAAACAGAUCGAUGGCGGCCUGAGAGAAAUGCGAUCAGCCCUGAACAACGGUCUCAUAACCGCGGAGACAAGCGAUCCGGCAUGGAGGGUUGCUCACCGCAUUGCGAUGCCCUGUUUCUCCCCUGUGAAGAUCCGAGAACUCUUUGAUGAUAUGAAAGAUAUUGUCUCGCAGUUAUGUCUGAAGUGGGCAAGGCUUGGGCCAUCGUACGUAAUCGAUGUCAAUGUCGAUUUGACGCGUAUGGCCUUGGACGUAGUUGGCCUUUGUGCAAUGGGAUAUCGAUUCAACACCUUCUACGACCACAAUCAGGUUCAUCCAUUUGCCGAAGCACUGAAUAGCUGGUUAUUAGAAGUGGACGCCCGAAGUUGGCGCCUUCCUUUCGGCAACAAUUUGCAUCCCUUCAGGACGAAGAAGUACUACGAAGAUAUUGACACAAUGCGCCGAAUCACUCAGGAGGUCAUAGACGAGAGACGGCACGACCUGUCAUCAGAGAAAAAGAAUGAUCUGCUGGCAGCGAUGAUGGAAGGUAGAGACGCAGAGACCGGUGCCAGGCUUAGCAAUGAGAGCCUGAUUGACAAUAUCCUGAGCCUGCUGGGUGCCGGACACGAGACGACUUCCGGAACAUUGUCCUUUGCGCUAUAUUUUCUGUUACAUCAUCCGGGGGCGCUGACGAGAGCACAGCAAGAAGUGGAUCGAGUUCUCGGUAACGAGCCGCUUUGCGUUGACCAUCUCUCCAAGCUGCCAUACAUAGACGCCAUCAUCAGGGAGACGCUGCGCUUGCAGCCUACAGUACCACUGUUUGGCCGAGCGUCGCGCGAGGAUGAGAUUAUCGGUGGUCGAUAUCAAAUCAGAAAGGGAAAUCGCAUCUUUGUUUGUUUAUUUGCAUCGCAGAGAGACCCCAAGGUCUUUGGGGAUGACGCUGACCAGUGGAGACCCGAACGAAUGCUGGGCGAGAGAUUCAAAGAACUUCCCGCGGGAGCCUGGAAACCAUUUGGCACUGGGGCGCGGGCGUGCAUCGGACGUCCGUUUGCAUGGCAGGAAGCUCAGAUUACACUUGCGAUGUUGCUACACACGUUUAACUUUGAGAUGGAUGAUCCGUCCUACCAGCUUCAUUGGAAGGACGCCAUCACACUCAAUCCCCUUGACUUCAAAAUCCGUGCUCGCUUGAGAGAUAACGGCAAGUACACGCAGUUAUUGAACAAUGUGCCCAAUAUGGAUUUUGCUUUCGAAGGCAACGCCAUCCAGCUAGACCAGCCUAAAGAGGAUCCGAGUCUGGCCCCUAUCACUGUAUUAUACGGCUCUGACAACGGCACGGCUCGGUCUCUGGCCCAUCGCUUCGCAUCCGGUGCGGCACAAUAUGGGCAUCGGGCGAUGAUUGAUACCCUGGACUCAUAUAAAGAAAGGCUGCCAAAAGACCGUCCCGUAAUCAUCUUCGUGUCGACGUACAACGGCGAGCCACCGAUGAAUGCCUCACAUUUCGUGAGCUGGGUACAGAGUCUGUCUGGAGAUGAGCUGCAGGGCGUCAAUUAUGCCGUGUUUGGCUGUGGACAUCGCGACUGGCACGCAACGUUUCAGAGGAUACCUCGUCUCAUCGACAACCACAUGCAUCAAAGAGGGGCGAACCGGCUUUUCCCUCUGUAUACUGCCGACGCGUCGAUUAGUGACAUGGUCACCAAUUUGAGAGAGUGGGAAAAGCAAAUCUGGCCGGUCCUAUUGAACAGCAAUGGCAUGUCCUCAGAAACAGUCACAAAUCCAAACAAUUCCAUCGUGUUUGAUCACCUUUCAACGGCUAACUUCCUUGAAUCUGGUCUUUGCAAGGCAUACGUCUCCGACACGAGGGUGCUAACUACGUCAAACUCGCAAGUCAAGAAGCACAUGGAAAUCCAACUUCCAUCUGGAUCCGCGUACAAGGCGGGUGAUUAUAUUGCAAUUCUGCCCGUUAAUCCGCCAGAGACUGUGCAGCGCGUUUUAGCACGGCUUCAGUUAUCUUGGGACAGUGUGCUUGGUAACAGCCACGUUCAGAAGGCAGAGCAUCAGUCAAAUGCUCAGACGACAGCCCAUGAGAUGUUCAGUCGCUACGUGGAGUUGAAUCAGCCAGUUUCCAAGGGCGGCAUGCGAGACUUGGCUGACCUUGCUAAUGACGAACCCACAAAACGGGCCCUGGAACAGCUCAGUGAGGAGUUGGAUCAACAUCAGUUCUCUGUUCUGGACGUACUGGAGCAACAUAGAACCAUCCAGAUCAGCGUGGAGAAAUACCUCGCAAUGCUCCCUCCCUUGCGCGUUCGGACUUACUCCAUAUCAUCGUCUCCUCUGCAGGAUCCUGCCAGAGCAACAAUCACCUAUUCAGUCGUUCACCAGCCACCAACCGAUCUGCACCGCUCUGCACUCCUCGGCGUCACUUCCAAUUACCUAGCUUGGCUUGCUCCUGGCAGCCUCAUCAACAUGUCCAUUCGCUCCCCACGACACAAUUUCACUCUUCCCCAGGACCCCAAAUCGAAACCUCUUCUCAUGAUAGCCGCAGGAGCCGGAAUCGCUCCGUUCCGCGGGUUUGCGCAGGAGCGAUUUGCUGUCAUCCAAGCACGGAAAGACACCAGCAGCUUGGCGCCUGCGUUGUUAUUCUUCGGUUGUAGAGACAGCGAGCUUGACGAUCUCUAUCGCGAGGAAUUCGAUGCUUGGGAGGCGGCCGGUGCGGUCAAGUGCUACCGAGCCUACAGCCGACCUUCCAGCGGCAAGGGUCAGUAUGUUCAGGAUGUGCUUCAAGAGCAUGAAGGAGAGGUUCGAGACCUCUGGGCCCGAGGGGCGAAUUGCUAUGUCUGUGGAGCGCCUAGGAUGGCGGAAGGCGUGAAAAUGGUUAUGAAAGGUAUUUGUGGCGAUAUCAGUGAAGAUCGCUACUUGGUCGAGAUCUUCUCUUGA